GAAUAAAAAAUUGAAAACGAGACUUAGCGCGAGGAUGUUGAAAAGUGCUUGAAUCUUUUGCAUGCUAUUCUGAUAUAAAAGAAUCGAAUACAAAGUGAAUGGCGACAGGAUUUGGGAGAGGUGGGAGGGGGGCUGCACUCUUGCAAGCACUAAGCCAGCCAGUACGGAAACCUGGAGAGCAAAAUGAGCUGGCCGCCUCAGGGGACGCCCCAGCUCCAGCCCCAGCACCAGCGCCCGCUGUAUCACCAGCAGCUAUAUCUGUAGGCAGAGGAUCACUGGGGAGGGGAGCUUUUUUACAAGGAGUCCUGCAGGGUGCUACAACCUCUAAUGUAGCAAGAGGACAACCUACAGGUGCGGCACAACCUGCUCGGUCAGUCCCUGUCUCAGGGGGUAGGGGAGUGGCCAAUCUGCAGGCUCUUCUUCAAACUGUGGGGAGGGGAGGGGGUAUUACAGGGCCAACAGUGCCACCCCUGAUGCCACAAGUCACACCCCAAAUAUCACAAUCCACAGCCACAACACCUAAGGAGACACCUGCCCCCUCUGUUGUGACUCAGUCUGGAGCUCCUAGUCAAGGUUCAUCAGAACCUCCAAGUAACAGACUCAGCCGAAUGGCUUUGGAUCCUUCACCUGUUGUACACAAAUCUGGAACAAGUGGCAAACAAAUUAGUUUAUCAGGCAAUUACAUCAGGAUAAAUUGUAGGAAUUCAGGUGUUUAUCAGUACCAUGUUCAUUUCUCACCAAGUAUUGAUUCAAAGAACAUGAGAUUUAAGCUCGUAAACAAUGUUCGUGAUGUUAUUGGAUUCACCAAGGCAUUUGAUGGAUUCAUUUUGUAUUUGCCCCAUCGUCUUCCAGAACAGGAAACUGUGUUGCACAGUAAACGACCUACAGAUGGAGUUGAUGUUACCAUAACCAUCAGAUUGACCAAAGUUAUCACACCAGAGCAAUGUGUUGCAUUGUAUAACAUCAUUUUUAGAAGAAUAAUGAACAUCCUUGAAAUGGUUCAAGUUGGACGUUAUUACUACAAUCCUAGAACUCCAUCCACUGUUCCACAGCACAGACUGGAGGUGUGGCCAGGAUAUAUCACUUCAGUGUCCCAGAAUGAGGGAGGGCUGAUGCUGCUAGUUGAUGCUAGUCACAGAGUGUUGAGGACUGAAACUGUGCUGCAGCUGAUGAAAACUACGGUACAAAAGAACCCUAGUGGUUUCCAAGACGAGUGCACACGUUCCUUAGUAGGGACGAUUGUGUUGACACGGUACAACAACAAAACUUACCGUAUUGAUGACAUUCUAUGGGCCAAGACACCCCAGCACACCUUCAAAACAAGCUCAGGAUCUGAACUGUCGUUUGUUGACUACUAUAGUAAUGCUUACCACAAAGAAAUCUCAGACUUGGAGCAACCUCUGCUUCUCCACAGGCCAAAGAAAAAGCAGCUUCCUGGGGGAAAAGUUCCUGAAAAGAGUGAAGCCAUCUGUCUCAUCCCUGAAUUCUGUUAUUUGACUGGCCUAACUGAUGAAUUGAGACAGGACUUCAGGGUCAUGAAGGACCUUGCUUCUCACACACGUGUAACACCAGAGCAAAGAGUGGCCACCAUGAGGAAGUUUAUCAAUGCAGUGAAUGGCAAUCCAGAAGCCAAGAAAGAGCUGGAUAACUGGGGACUGAGCUUUGCAGACAACACAAUUGAUAUUGAUGGUAGACUUGCUCCACAAGAGAAAAUAAUUUUUGGAGGCAAUUUUACCUGUAUGGCAGGUCCUCAAGCAGACUGGGGCAGGGAUGCCACUCGCAACAAAGUCCUCACAGCUGUAGAUCUCAGGAACUGGACUGUGCUGUUUAGCAAAAGGGAUGCCAGCAAAGCUUCAGAAUUCAUCAACAUGAUGCAAACCUGCUGCCGGCAGAUGGGUAUCCAAUGUAACAAGCCAACAUGUUGUGAACUCCAUGAUGACCGUGUGGACACACUAUCUAGGAGUCUCAGGGACAACAUCAAUCCAUCGGUUCAGUGCAUGGUGGUUAUCUGUCCAACAUCUAGGGAUGACAAAUACAAUGCUAUCAAGAAAAUCUGUUGUGUGGAGAUGCCAGUCCCAUCCCAGGUUAUUAUUGCCAAAACCAUUGCUAGGCCAGACAAACUCAGGAGUGUAACACAGAAGAUAGCUCUGCAAAUAAACUGCAAGCUGGGAGGAGAGCUGUGGGGAUUGGACAUUCCAAUGUCCAAUUUGAUGGUGGUUGGUAUCGAUGUAUACCAUGAUGCUUCACGUAACAAGAGAUCGAUAGCUGGAUUUGUGGCCAGCACCAACAAGAUGUGCAGCCGCUGGUACUCAAAGACAGUUCUCCAGAUGCCGGGCCAGGAGCUAAUUGAUGGACUCAAACUAUGUCUGACCUCGUCGAUCAGGAAGUAUCAUGAGGUGAACCAUGUGUUCCCAGAGAAGAUAGUGGUUUUCCGUGAUGGUGUAGGGGAUGGAGAUCUUGGAUACAUUGACCAUGAAGUUCAACAGCUGCAGCAGUGCUUUGGUAACUUUGGGGGAGAGUACAGUCCCAAGCUGUCAGUGGUCAUUGUACAGAAGAGGAUCAAUGCCAGGAUUUUCCUCAAGAACCAAAGAAACUUUGACAAUCCACCACCAGGAACCAUUGUGGACCAUACAAUCACACGGAGAGACAAGUUUGACUUCUUCAUUGUGUCUCAGCAUGUCAGACAAGGCACAGUCUCUCCUACUCAUUACAUCUGUGUCCAUGACAGCAUUGGGAUGAAGGCUGAUCAUCUCCAGAGGUUGUCCUAUAAGAUGACUCAUCUGUAUUACAACUGGCCGGGAACAGUCAGGGUUCCAGCCCCCUGUCAGUAUGCACAUAAGCUAGCCUAUUUGGUGGGACAGAACAUUCACAAGGAGCCAAGUGCAGAGCUGUCCGAUAGGUUAUUCUUCUUGUGAGAGUCGGGCCUUAAUACUCAGGAACAAUUUACAGGCAGCAGUUUCAUUGAUGUUAUCUUUUGAAAUUUCUUUUGUAUUUUGCAAAGUAGCAUGGAUUACCUUUUAUAAUUAGAGAACCGCCUAUUGUUGAUUUUUGAAGAGCAAAUUAGCUUGAUUCCUUUUAUAAAAAAGUACACUGCCAUUUACUUUUACUCUGAACAUUUUCUGGGACAUUUUAGUUUCAUUGAUACUGCCCAGUGGCAUUAACUUGUUGGUUGUGAUUGACAGUCUCAAUCUAUGCAAUGAUUUUAUUUUUAUUAAUUGAUUGAAAUUGUCAGUGUGUGUUUCAUUUUGUUCAAUAUUGUCUUUAAUGAAUACUUUCUUUCAAGUGCCUUAAGUUUAGAUUGUAUUGAGAGAAUGUACUUUGUUUGCAAAAGUUGACUUGGUGGAGUACUGCAUCUACUCAGUGUUGCUUUCCUUUAUAUCACUGGUUAAGGCACCACAGUAGAUGUACAGUAGUGAGAAUUCUUAAUAAUGUAAACUCGUUUCUUAGAUCAUAAACUCCACCUCACCAUCUCAAGUGAGGGAAUUAAUAGAAAUCUGUAUAUUGUAGACAUAGUGUGGUUUUUUUAACCAAUGUUAUUAAGAAGGUAUGGGACACCUCCAUAUUGUGACAUUCUUUAGAAUUCUGUGGUCAAAUAUUGUAAUAUUUGGAAAUUUUAAAACAGUGAUGAUAUUUUUCAUCCACAUCAAUAUCUCAAGGUGUCCCAUGCCACCUUAAUUUGAACUAGGUAGAAACAUGUUUGUAUAAAUAGAAGAGACAUCUUUAGAAUUGAUUUCAAUUCAAAAGCUUCUCGAUUCUAUAUUAUUUCAAGUUAUUCAGAAAUGUAAUGGACCUCACGGGUGGUGUUUGUCCAAUACAAACUAGUAACUUGUUAAAGCUGAAUAAGGAGUGUCUUGCUGUUUUCAUAAAGGGCACAUAUUGUUACAUUACUUUGUGUAUAUCUUAUGGAAAAAAAUUGGACAGACAUUCUUUAUAUCAAUUUGUAAAGGAAUAAUACAUUAUCUAAUUAUCCCAUUAACAGUUAAAGUGUACAAGUAUCCUUCUUAUCAGAGGGAUAAUGUAGAUGUACAUGUAUCUUAAAUUAACAAAAUGUAUUAUGUUUCAUAUGCAUACUGAUAAUGCCAGUCCCAUUGAUGAGUAAAAACCAUACAAAACAUUUUAUAAUGCCAGUAACCAAAUUUUGAAGUAUGCUAUUCAUGCUCAUUCUUUGUUGUUUAUAAGUACAUGUAGUACAUUCUGGUUUAAUUGAAGUUUUCAUCAUUCUUUUCUUUAUCCUAUGAAAUGUGUAAUGUUUAGUUUAGUUUUUUUUUUUUAGGAGAUGCUUAGCAAUUUAUAAAAGAGAGUAGUGGUGAUGCCAUAGUUUGCUUUUUCUCGAGAUGUACUUCUGAUGCCAACAGGCUUGGCAAUAACAUCUGUAUUUAGCAAAACAUCAAAUACAUUUUUUUAAAUUCUUCAGUUUAUAGCUAAAAAUAGGAAUUUUAUCAAUGCUAUUCAACUUUUAAAAGAUCUACAGGUUUUUUUCAUGUAUUUAUAUGUAUAUAACAAUUUCCUCCAAUACAGAUGCAUUCGAAUAAAUCUUUCCUGCUGCAAUUUAUCAGUAUAUGGUGUUUUGUAUUAAACAAUUUUGUGGAAUGAAGAUUUUUUAAUGCACUACCAACGAAAAUCAUGUACAAUGUUGCUAGUCUUUGUAUUCUGUUGAUCAAUACAAGUGUAUAUUGCAUCAAGAUUAUAACCUGUUUAUUGUUUAAUUUUUUUAAAAUACUGUAAUCCUAAGAUGUAAUAAAUUGUUGAAGUUGG